GCGAGUUGUUUGUAAACAAUCUGCCUGGAAUCACAUCGCGAUUUUUAAAGCAUUUUAUUUUUUACAUUAUUAAAAAGUGAUUUGUACGUUUAAGAGAUAAGUGCUUAGAUUCUUAGUCGUUAUUAAUACUGAGUUCAAAAAUGAAUCCAAUGACCAAUAUGAAAAACGUGCUCAAAUUGAGCGAACAGGACCUCAAAUAUGGCGGCACAAACUCCUGGCACGAUCAGUACAAGGACAGCGCGUGGAUAUUCGUCGGGGGCCUCCCGUCCGAGCUGACCGAGGGCGACCUGUUGGCGGUCUUUUCCCAGUAUGGCGAAAUCGUCAACAUCAACCUGGUGCGGGACAAGAAAACCGGCAAAUCGAAAGGAUUCUCCUUCAUCUGCUUCGAGGACCAACGCUCGACGGUCCUAACGGUGGACAACAUGAACGGCAUCAAACUGCUGGGGAGGACGCUGCGGGUGGAUCACGUGUCCGACUACAAACCACCCAAGGAUGACAAAGCGGAUGAGGAAACGAAACGACUCUACAUGGAAGGGUGUGCACCCAAGUACAACUAGAUGAAUAAUAGAUUAAUUGAUUUAACGAA